UGGGGCCCGCGCGGUUGCCAUGGCAGCGGGGUCGCGGCGGGCGCGCUGGCAGGCCCCGAGGCUGCUGGCAGCCAGGCGCUCGGCGGAGCCCCAGAAUCGGACUGCCGUACCCGCAGCGCCUAGGGGCGAUCGGGCAGCGCCGCCGCCAUGUCCCUGAGCACCGGGGAGCCGGCCUCGGAGACGGGAGAUGACAGCCUGUCUGCAAUAACCUUCGACUCUGACUCAGAGACGAAAGCGAAAAGGAAAAGUUUCCACAAACCUCCCCCUACAUCAGCGAGGUCACCUUAUCACUCUAAGCCGAGAAAAGUGGCCUCCUGGAGGUCCCUGAGGACAGCGGGCAGCGUGCCUCUCGGGGGCCGGAUGUCCUUGACCCCCCAGCAGCUGUGUCUGGGAAGCUCAAAGCAAGGAAGCCUGACCCCAGCCCUGAAAUCAGAGCUCACCUUGGAGCGUGCAUGGACCAACACCCCCCCCAACAGCACCCCUGACUAUCUGACCGAAGCUGAAAGAACGAAGAGGUCAAACCUCAGGCGUUCUGGCAGCCACGGUUAUGUUCCUGGGACCCCUGUCUACAGAGAGAAGGAGGACAUGUAUGACGAGAUCAUUGAGCUGAAGAAGUCAUUACACAUGCAAAAAAGCAAUGUGGAUCUGAUGAGAACAAAGCUUCGGCGCUUAGAAGAGGAAAACAGCAGAAAGGACCGGCAGAUAGAGCAGCUUUUGGAUCCGUCCGGAGGCCCGGAUUUUGUUCGGACUCUGGCAGAGAAAAGGCCUGAUACUGGCUGGGUGAUCGGUGGGCUAAAGCAGAGGAUCCUCAAGCUGGAGCGUCAGUGCAAGGAGAAAGACCACACCAUCGACAAACUGCAGACUGAUAUGAAGACCACUAACUUGGAGGAGAUGAGGAUCGCCAUGGAGACGUAUUACGAGGAGAUUCUUCGUCUCCAGACUCUCCUGGCAAGCUCUGAAACGACAGGAAAGAAGCCUCCAGUGGAGAAGAAAAGCGGCCUCAAAAGGCAGAAAAAAAUGAGCAGUGCCCUGCUGAGCUUGUCGCGGAGCGUCCAGGAGCUCACGGAGGAGAACCAGAGCCUGAAGAGAGACCUGGAGCGCGCGCUGAGCGACUCCCCCACCGCCUCCAAGAUACAGGGCUCUGUGGAGUGGAGCAAGGCCCGGCUGCUUCGGCGGAUCGCAGAGCUGGAAAAAAAAAUAAGUGUGAUGGAAAGCCCCGAAGCCCACGCUUCAGAGGCGGUCAGGUCUACCCCGCCGGCUCACUGGGUGUCCAGCUCCACGGCGCACCGGCAGCCGCGCCCCGACCGCCAGGAGGAGAGCGAGAGACUGCGGGGGGUCGUGAAGAGCCUGAAGGGCGAGCGGAACGCCCUGCACGCCCAGCUGCAGGAGCGAGAUCUGGAGGUGAAGCAGCUACUGCAGACCAAGGCUGACUUGGAGAAGGAGCUGGAAAGCGUGAAGGAGGGUGAGAAGGAGGGAAGAGAAAGAGAGGAGGCUUUGAGGGAGGAAAUUCAAGCACUUACCAGGAAGUUUCAAGAACUGGAAGAAAGUAAGAAAGGAGAGGAGGAAGAUCCCGGGGAAAUGAGUCCUGAGCCCCGGGAAGCGCCCCGACGCCCCGGUCCCUCCCAGACGGACUCGGAGCUGGACACGAGCGAGGGGGGCUCCUCCCGGCCCCCAUCGGGCGGCUCCGAGGGGAGAAGAGACGCCGCCGCCCGGCUCCUGCAGCGCCGGUGGAAGGGGCACCAGCACCGGAAAAAAAAGGCCGUUCUGGACGAGGCUGCCGUGCUGCAGGCGGCUUUCCGGGUGCAUCUGGCACGAGCGAGAAUAUUGUCUAGCGGAGUGUGCAGCCCAGACCCCGCUGCCGUGCCAAGCCCUCCCACCCAGGACUCGCCCGAGCCCCGCGUCCCGAGCCCCGUCGUCCGGGCCGAGGGGGACCCGUGGCAAGAGGAGGCCGUCACCAUCAUCCAGUCCGCCUUCCGGGCGCACCUGGCCCGGGCCAGGAACAGAGCCGCUGGUCCAGGAGCUGCCAGUGCAGCGUUUCCCGACAGGCCUCCUUGGGCCCCACCCAGCACACCCUCCUCUCCGCCCUUCCCUGCAGCCUCUCUCGGGCAGGAAGACGGCGAGGGGAGCAGCGGGGAGGCCGCGGACGCUCCAGCUCCCGGGGACGGGGCGCCGAGGCCGUGGGGACCGGGGCCGCCGGCAGCCCCGCCGCCCUGCUCUGACGUGGGCGUCCCCAAGGCUCUGACCGCACCCAGACCCCACUCAGACCCGAAAUGUCGACGUGGACGUCUGCACACGUGUGCCUCGGGUGCCACAAACUCGGCCUGGCCCAGCUCUGAGUUCCCUUGGCCCCCUAACCUGCCCCCGGCCAGCGGCCCCUCCCCAGGGGAUCACAGCCUGUCAGCUGUCGGAGCCGGAACCAGGCAUCAUCCCCCCGUCCCUCCAUCCCCCUCGCCUUCCACAGUCACCAGGCCCCGGCGGCUCCUGCUGAGAGCCCCCGACACCUGCAGUGAGGCUGGCUGACCCCACCAGGGGCCCCAUGGACCCCAGGACGAACCCCAACUCCUGAACCCGCCGUGCCCCCCGCGCACAGUCACAGCACGCGCACGACGCAAACAUGCGU